AUGGAGUCUGAUACAGGUGACGAGCUUGUGCAUGAAAGCGCUAUCCUGAAGGAGACAGGUCUCAAUGUCCGGGUUCUGAUCGGAGAUGAGGAAAGCUCAGCAAUCGCGGCAGUUCGCCGUGGGAGCUCCGAAAGAAUAUUUAACAACCGUGAUGUUAUUCCACACCUUCAGAAAUGUUUCGCCUUCGCGGUAGCACAGAAUAAAGGAAAAAGUACAGACCUAGCAGCAAUGUUACGUGCAAUACCGGAUCAUGUCUUUGACCAACACGAAAACUGUGGUCAACGGUAUUAUCAAGGCUCCGAAAAUGAUUCUAAUUCUCAGCAAAUCCUAUUAAAAAAUCCAGAAUUGCAUCAAGUGUUAAGUGAACUCUUUCAAAAAUACGCAAAUAAUUCAGCGGUAGCCGCUUCUAGUCAAGGAAAUGAAAGUUUGAAUAAUAUUAUGGCACAUAAAGCUCCAAAGAAUCGUUACUAUAGUCAGAGAGAGUUUGCCGAUUAUCAAUGGGCGAGUUCUAUCUGUACAAAAAAUGGUGGAAAUGGUUAUUUGCCUCAUGUCGCGAAGAAAUUAGGUAUGUCACCCGUUAAAUAUACUAAACCGUUUAUAAAACGACAAGAUGAAAUCAAAAUACGACAAGCGGCAGCUGCGAAAUUGUCAACUACAAAAAGUCGGCAAAAUAUACUGAGAAGAUUGCAAGAAUUGAGAAAAAAUACAGAGCAGAGGGAAGGAGUUCAAUACCAGCCAAACUGCGGGAUCGAGAUAGACUGA